UAUGCACAUUAGUUUGUUUAUUUAUGGAACAUUUGAAUUCACUGAUAAUGAAUCCAAGACUUUCAACAGGACAAGCUCAUUAGAUCAUUUACGCCCUCUUUCCUCUUCUUCCUUAAAAGUUUUUCAAACAUACACUAUACGCCACUCUCUUAAAUGAUUAAUACUUGCGACACCCCUCUGUGUGAGGACCACAACAAGGUCGUGAUUGAGUUACAAUGCACAAUAGGAGAAAAAAAAAGUCGAGCCUUGUCUAAUUGUUCUUUGACAGGGUCAGAGGGGACUGUGCGAUUGGCUGCUGUCUCCCGAGGCUGCAGGGCUGUCAGAGCUGUUGGAGGACUGGGAGUGACACCAAGGUGACUGAGGGGAGGCUGUAUAAAUUGUUGGCGCAGUGCAAACCACUUCAGAGACGAGGGCAUCCGCCAAAGUCUUUUGUGCGACCUUUCCCUGCCGUGCGCGAACACAGGCCAUUACAGCGAUGGCUGCAAAAGCAGAGCUUGCAAGCUGGUCAGAGUACCCAGAGGAUUAUUCCAUGCUGCAGCAGCGCAACUUGGCUCACAUCAGCUCCAAAACUUGGAUUUCUUCGGGUUCGAUUCGUGCGUUCUCGAGGAGGGAUGCGCACGCAGCGGCGGACGCGGGCAUCUCACUGGAGAAACUUGUGCCCAUGAGUAAACUCCAAGACUGCGCGUCCCCCACGGGCGUCACAGACACCGAGGCGGCAUCGGACGGAGGCAGGGCGAACCACUUCGGCCCUCAGAAACACCGGCGCGUCGCAGCCAACGCCAGGGAGAGGAGGAGGAUGCACGGCCUAAACAAAGCCUUUGACGAGCUGAGGAGCGUCAUCCCCUCCAUGGAGAACGAGAAGAAGCUAUCCAAAUACGACACCCUCCAAAUGGCGCAGAUUUACAUCACAGAGCUGUCUGAGCUGCUGUCCGGCGUGGUCCACCCGGAGUGCAGGAGUCCUCACCCGGGCUCAGCGGACCAGACCUCCAGGAGGAGCCUGAUUCACUCUCUGCGGCCGGCGGGCGCCGCGCAUCCCCCGAACCCACUGAACGGGGAGAAGAGAGACGCCACCACGUCUUUCGGUCACCUGAUUUUACUGGGACCCACGUCUGACCUGGAGUCAAGCGCGUCAGGGACAUCAUCGAACUGCAGUGAUGGGGAGUCGUCGCAUCUCAGUGACAUGGAGGAAAGUCACAGCGGGAGACAGUAACAGAGAACAAGUAC